GUUAAAAGACAACCGCCAUGCCAAUGUGACGUAAAGUGGUCCUAGUUGUGAUCCAGCCAUGUGCCCAAUGGCUAUGAAAAGACCUGCGGCGCCUGUGCAGACGCCCGAAGGUCAGCCGGUGCUGUUGACAACGAUUCAGUCAGCCAAGAAGGCUCUCAGUCGUGAAAAUGUGGAGCGCUUUUACAGCCUCCUCAACAACAGGGAAGCGAUUCGAAAGGGUCGAGCUGCUGGGCAGCAUGGCCGACACCUCUACGACAAGUUGACAGGUGAAUUCGCAGAUUACCUUCGAUGUUGCAGAUGUACAAAUGUUCAUCGUGCCCACGAUGGGACGACACGAGGGUUGCACGCCUUGUGUGCAGCUGAGAGGCGCUGGCAGCUCUCUUCCGACAAAGACAUGUUGAAGCGACAGAUUGUGAUGAACUUUGCCGUUUGGAGACUCAUUGGUGGAACAAUAGCCUUUGCUGGCGAACUCGGUUUCUUGACUGGCUGGGGGGAAAAAGAAAAGGGAUUGAUUCGAUCUAUCAUUCAGAGAGCUUUCUGUGAGAAGCGAAUCCCGACUUUGAUUGCCAAUGCGUACAGCUGGCCUCGCAAGAUGCGAGCUGCCCUAGCAAAUCCACGAGCAAACAAUGACACGCUCAACAUGGUGCUCUACAAUACGGGAAAGCCAGUUUUGAAAGGCCUUGCCGUGUUUGACCUCUCAUUGGUUGGGAAAUUCAAAGUUCUUGAUGCGCUCUGGGAAAUUUGCCCUCAACUGGUUGAGGCUGCAAAGGCUGACGAAACUGGACGUACCAGCAUGGAAAGAGUUGGAGAGGUGUUGAAAUCCGUUCCUUUCUUUGGAAGUGGUGGAAGUGGUCGUCAGCGCACAGCAGGUUUCUUCGCCAAGGAGUUGAUUCAAGACUUGGUGGAUACCCCAGUCUUCCCUGGCGGCAGAAAUUCAGUGAUGGAUCAUUCAUCGUUUUGCCCCGUGGGGCCUGGCUCCAUCAGGGGUUUGGAACUGGUCUUCGGCCGUCAAUCCAUCCACCCAACUGAAACCCUGGCAAUGAUGCAGGCGCUCCAAAGCUUUGCCACCGAUUAUUUUCAGGGUGAUCCCAAAGAGCUUGAGUUACACGAUAUCCAGUUCCAGUUGUGUGAGUUUCAAAAGAAAUUCUUUUCAUAUGCCCACCGACCAUAUUCAGCGAUCAAUGAUGACCUGGGUGGUCCCAUGUUGCAUUGGACUCCCGACUUCAUUCUGAAACGGCUUCGGGAGAUGCUGGUGUUCAAAAACUACCGACUCGGAGGAUUGAAAGAAGAUCGAGCCACUCUCCUUCGCCGUGCCAAGGAACUCUGCACUUGGUUGGGCGUUUCUUUUCGCCAGAGUGAUUCGAAUGCCCUGACACAUGGUGAUUUAGUAGUCAUUGAAGAGGUGAGCAGCGGUAUGUUUUUUUCGUUGAAAGGCAAUGGCGCAGUGAUGCUGGUUCCCGAAGAGGCCAUGGCAGCAAAGUUUCUGGUUACGACAGAUGAAGUUCAAGUUGGUACCAUCCACUUCUGGGAAGCCAUCCAUUUAGAGACAACUCGUUGUAAGCAACUGGCCUGGUGGGAAUACAACACGUGUUUUGCUGCCAGAGCUGGGAAGAGGUUUGAUGAAAAGCAUCGGCUGACUCUGGAGCCCGUGGAGCCCGUGGAGCCUGGACCCGACACGGCGCAGACUGAGGUCCUUCUGGGUGAAGCGGUGAAGCUACGAGUCUUUGAUCACGACAGGUCCCAGGGGUCCGACAAAUCCCACGGCAAGGCCAUCUGCCUGAGGCGACCUAAGGAGGUCGUGGCGCGGGAACAGCACAUGUUGGAACUGAUUCGGCCUGCCAUGAUGGAAUUGAACGCUGUGAAACAUCCGCAGAAGCGCAGACGUACAGAGGAGAUGCCACGGGCACUCAGCGGCAAAGACUGCUGAUAUCUGCUGAUUUGGUUGAUUUGAAGUUGUUCAUGUUUCAAUACGAAUAAUUAACACGAUUGAAUCUGAUGUCACUCAUGUCUAAUUCAAAGAUCCUUCUGAGAUCUUCUGAGCAAUGCUCCGCGCUGAGAUGAAGCAGGUGGAGUUUCGCCAAAA